AUGCUGUUCGCCGGAGUUGGAGUACUCUUUGUGGUAGCUGUCGCUUUCGGGGACUCCCUGGAUGUGUGCUUGAAGGAUAUGGGCUGCAUGCGAGGCACUUUUAUGCCAGGAUAUCAGAGCGGAGACUUCGAAGCCUUCAUGGGCAUACCCUUUGCCCAGCCGCCAGUUGGACCGCUGCGUCUUAAGAAUCCUGUGCCGGCUGAGUCCUGGGAGGGAGUACUCGAUGCUGGAAUGGCGAAAGACAGCUGCAUCCAGAGGAGCUACUUUGCGAAGGAAUGGGACGUGAUGGGCGUGGAGGACUGCCUCUACCUGAACGUCUACAGACCCAAGAAACGGGAUGGUGCUAACUUGCCCGUGAUGGUGUAUAUACAUGGGGGCGGUUUCUUUGCCGGCUCUGCCCAUCCGAUGGCCACUGGACCAGAGUAUCUGAUGGAUACCGGCAAGGUAGUCGUGGUAACAGCUAGCUAUCGCCUUGGUCCCUUCGGUUUUCUUAGCACUGGCGAUGAGCACAUGCCUGGAAAUUUCGCAUUCAAGGAUCAGCGAUUGGCGCUGCAGUGGGUUCAACAGCACAUAGCUACAUUCGGAGGAGAUCCCAACAAGGUCACGAUCCUUGGGCACAGUGCUGGAGGAAUGUCUACGCACUUGCACAUGCUUAGUCCCAAUUCAAAGGGACUCUUCCAAAAUUCCAUGUCCCUGACUGGCACCAUGUUCCUGUCGGCCAUGAAGAUCCUUAAAGAUCCGCUAAGUCAGGCAAGGCGUCUGGGCAAGGAGUUGGCCAUCGGUCAAGCGGAGAGUCUCAGCAGCCAGGAUCUUGCUGAAGCGCUACGUGAAGUGUGUCCCAAGAAACUCCUGCUCAGUGUGGACAGCUUAAAGGUGUGGGAUAACAUGCCCCACCUUUCCAGUCUGCCAGUACUGGAGGCUCCAUCUCCAGAUGCCUUCUUGGUCGAGGAUCCGCUGAAAGCCCACAGGGCAGGUCGCAUUAACCAGGUGCCCUGGGUACUUAGCCUAAGUUCUCGAGCUGGCGAAGGUUCCCUAUUCAUGAUGCGUGCCUUCAUAAAUCCAAAACUGCGGGCCGAGUUCAACGAGAACUUCCUGGAACACAUGGCUCUGCUGCUCAACCUUCCCGAGGGCACUCCUGUCCAGAUGGUCAGCGAAAUACUGGAGGCGUAUGAGUUCAAAGGCGACAGUCUGAACAACGAUACCAUGUUAAAGUUGGCAGAGAUCUCCGGUGACUUUAACUUUUAUUACCCGAUUUAUGAAACUGUUUCGACUUAUCUCACUUAUGCCAAUCUCGAUGUGAAUCCACUGUACAUCUAUAUCUUUGAGUUUAUCGGCCUAAGCUCUAUGAACAAGUUCUUUUCGGGCGCACCUGACGAUUUUGGACUUGGAGCCGUUCACAUGGAUGACGGUCUGCACACCAUACGCAUUCCAGUUGGCUUCGAGGAUUUCCCCAAGGACUCGGAGGAUGCCAAGGUUAUCCAACGAAUGGCUUCGCUGAUGACUGACUUUACCCAAACGGGAAUUUUCCAUGAAGCAUCUAGCUGCAAAGCUUCGGAUUUCAAGGAUCAGGGAAUGUGCAAGUAUCUGCACUUUGGUGGCAACAAAGAAAAGUAUCUGGAAGAUAUUCGUAACAGCAUGCAGCUCACAGCAUUUCCCAUAUGGAAAAAGCUGUUUUCAUAG